AUGCCGACCAAACCAAAAAGCCGUAAAGACCGAAACGCACAAGAAAGAAAGAGGGGGUUUGGGGUGAUUGGCAAAGCCCAUCAAUAUGCAAAGAUCUGUAACUCAGAAAUUGCCGUCUUUGAGCGAAGCAACGAAGGUAAGUGGCGAACCUAUAUCUCGAUGCGUCACCCAGAUUCGUCAUGGCCGAGGAUGGAACAAAUCCAGGCGCAAGAUCCACAGGCACUCCACCUACUUCCCGAGGAUUUAGAUGAUCGAGGAAAGAGGAAACGUAAGCAGCCUGAGCAGGACGAUGGUGAGGCCGCCUCCACAAAACGGCAUGUCUCCAGGCGGCCCACUGACAUGAGCCUCCAAGAGAGCACCAUUUCAGAGGACACACUCGAUGACCAGGAUUCAUUAAGCGAUAACACCAAAAAGAAUCCAACCACUGAUGGCUUUUUUUACACAUUACCGGAACCACCAUCAUUCCAACAAAUCAGUAACAUCGUGUAUGGCGAGGAGGAGAGGCAUAGGUUUUUCGCCUACGGGGAUGUGCAGGCAGAUCCAGAUAUACUUGACGUGGUCCAGUUCAUGGGCUCGUUAGUACGAUAA